AUGGCUCCAACGUUACAACAGUGCCCCGUCUGCUUUAACCACUAUAGAAGCACUCCAGACGGAAAGUUAUGUCAGCACGGAGGUAAAAUGAAAGGACAGGAAUGCUCGGGGUUCAAUAAUGCCAAAUCACAAAAGCACAACCCCGAUCGGUGGAUCAACGCUGUGUCAUCUUGUAUUGAACAGGGAAACUUGUCCUCGGCUGUCAGACUUGUCUGUUCGCUGAAGGGCCUGGCGGAGAGCUCGCCAGCCACUUUUGAUAAAUUAUGUUCCAUCCACCCAAAAAUUCCGGUGAACAGGCGGGUUUUCCCCGCAUUGACACCAACGGCUGGUUGCGUUUCUCCCGCCGAGGUGCUGAGGGCCGUUAAAUCGUUCAAAAACGGUUCUUCUGGAGGCCUGGAUGGCCUACGACCCCAGCACCUUAAGGAUGUUUUUUCAGGCCCCUUGCCAAUCGACGACACACUGAACCCAAUUCAUUAA